AUGCGCUUAGAGUGGAGUAGGCGAGAUAAAUGCCUGUUCGCUUCUGCACCUUAUUCGUUUCGCUCGAACGGCAGUGCUCAUUGCCUCUACACUCGCGAAACUUUUCGACCCACCCACCGUCCCGAAUAAGGUGCUGUCUUAUUCCAAGGGAAUUUUGGCUUAUUUUUUGCAAACCGCGGUCCCUGGGGUGUACGCAUCAUCCCAGGGUCUCGUCCAGGAAGAUUAAUCAUCUUCCUCAUCCCAACACAACCAAACAAACGGAAAGAUACACAAGGAAGGUCGCAGUUUCCUUCCCGCGCUCGAGAACCCCAUUGGCAUCCGAUCGAGACAUCGGAGGGGAAAAGCGCUGCAACCGCCGGAGACCGGUGACGCUGCAACCGCCGUACCCGCCCGUGAUCGAGUGA